CACGUAAUUCACUUGCCUGAAUGACAAUUUGAGGUUUAAAUAUAUAUGUAUACAUUACGUUUAUAUAAAAAUUUGUUAAUGGAAUCCAUCUAGAAACUAAUUAAAUUGAUAUCACAAUGGUCACCAAACAGUUAUAUUUAUUAUUAGCAACAUGUAUCAUAAUACAAGUACAAGGUAUUAUGUUUUAUUUGGAACCGAAUGCACAAAAAUGUUUGAAAGAAGAAUUGCAUGCACAUAUUUUGGUAUCUGGUGAAUAUGACGUUACAGAAGUUGCCGGUCAAAAAAUAGAUUACGUAGUGCGAGAUUCUAAAGGGCAUAUAUUAUCUCAAAAAGAAGACAUUUCUAAAGGGAAAUUUACUUUCUCUACGGAGAACUUUGAGAAGUUUGAAAUAUGUUUUAUUUCUCGUGUACCGCCACAUCAAAGAGGAAUACGACAAGAAAUAUCUUUAGUGACGAAACAUGGUGCUGAAGCUAAAAGCUAUGAAGGGCUUGGAGAAGCCGCCAAUUUAAAACCAAUGGAAGUUGAACUAAAAAAAUUAGAAGAUUUAUCUGAUGAUAUCGUACAAGAUUUUGCGUUGAUGCGUAAACGUGAAGAAGAAAUGCGUGAUACAAAUGAAUCAACAAAUAAUCGUGUAUUAUACUUCAGUAUAUUCAGUAUGUGCUGUUUAUUGGGUCUUGCUACAUGGCAAGUUCUAUAUUUAAGACGUUUCUUCAAAGCAAAGAAAUUAAUUGAAUAAAAAAAAUUAUUAAUUACAAAUUGGUUCCCUUUGUGAU